CACCGUGCGCGGCGCUGCGCUGCGCUGCGCGGCCUCUCUGCGUCUCGUUGCACUGGGACCCACCAUAUGGCAAAGUGAAAGUUACAGCUCCCGGCCGCACAAAGUUUCGUUGUGAGGAAGCCCAGCAUCGCGCCGAGCCCGGCCGCGCACCAAGCGCCAGCUGCCCCCUUGCUCUCGGAGAUGGCCAGACGGGACAGCAGCAGUGACAGUGAUUCCAGCUCAUCCAGCAGCAGUAGUGGCAGUAGUAACAGCUCCUCCAGCAGCAGUUCAAGCAAUUCAAGUGGAAGUAGCAGCAGCAGCAGCAGUGGUAGCAGUAGCAGCAGCAGCAGCAGUGGUGGUAGUUCUGGAAGCAGUAGUGGAAGCUCCUCGUCAGGUCUUAAGGAAAAAAGAGGCAGAUCACCAGGAAAUCCCAGGAAAAAAGAGGAAAGGCACUUUGAGAGAAGAGACAGAACUUCCUCACAUGGGGACCACCGAAUGAGGACAUCUGACAGAGACAGAAGGAAUGAAAAGUCGACUAUCAGGGAAGAAAGGCGCUCAGAUAACAAACAAUCACGCCGGUCGCAGGAAAAAAGAACGGAGAGUGACAGAAGGCGAUGUUCUCCAGAAAGUUCUAGGAAAGAUCUUUCAAGGAGCCGUAGUCCUCAAGAGGUUAGGCGAAGAUAUAGUCCGGAUUCAAGGAGCAAAAUUGGGGAUGAUAGGAGCAGAAGACACAGAAGAAAAUCUAAUAGCUCUUCCCCCAGACAACAAAGGAGGGAAUACAGGUCCAGUUCCAGAAGUCCUCGCCGUUCAUCAAGGAAAGAGGCUACUACUUCAAAGUACAGCAGUAGAUCAGAAAAAGCUGACAGCCAUAAAAGAAGUCCAGACAGUAAGGAUAGAAGAUCGAAGGAAACGCGUCCAACCAGUAACAGGCGAGGUUUACAGGUAGAUGAAAGUACACAUCAAACGCAUUCAAGAAGCUAUAGUCCAUCAAGAUCAAGGGAAUUGCAUCCCAAUCUUGAUUCAAAGGAGAAAACCAGGGAUGGUAGACGUCGAAGAUCACCUAACUCGUCUCGUAGUCCUCGCAGAGAAGAUCAUAAAAGUUCCAAGAGUCCUGAUUCACAUUCUUCAAAUGUAAGGCACAAAUCACAGAAAAGUAACAAAAUAGAAGAAUCUGAAUUGGGUAGAAGGAAAGAAGAAUGUAUUGUUACACAAGGAAAAACUUCUGACAGUCCAGACAGUAAUGAGCCAAGCACCAAAUCCCCAAGUUAUAGAAAACAGUCUGCUGAGACCUCAGUUAGAGAGUGUUCCCGAAAUAACAGUCCUGAAAGUACAAAACAAAAUUCUCCAAGUGUCUCCUCCAUAAGUAGAGGCGAUGAUCGUGAAUGUACUCCUCGAGCACAGCAAGAAAAACCCGAAGCUUCAUCAUGCUCUAGUCCAAAAGAAACACAGAAACCAGAGACUGAAAGUCCCAAAUCAUCAUGCCAUGAAAUUCCUGAAUUUCAGAAAACCAAAAUGGUGCAACCAGAUUCUCUGGAAGAAAGUAAAAUGCCUGCAGACCAGGAAGAAUACAGCCAAGAACCAAGUCCUGACCAAGGAAAAGAAAAUUGGCCUGAGAACAUACAUUCCACAAGCAAUAAAAUUGUAAGUGCUUCUCCGAGUUUUGAGAAAGAUUUGCCUCCAAAUGUCAGCAACGAAGAAUUGAAAAGUAAAGAUUUUGAUUUAGAGAAAGGUAAAAAAGAUAGGAGUAGAAAUCCUUCUCAAAGUUCAAGACGAAGAUCAUCCAGCACAUCAUCAUCGUCGUCGUCAUCAUCCUCUUCCUCUUCCUCUUCCUCCUCUUCUUCAUCCUCAUCCUCAUCUUCAUCUUCUUCAUCAUCCAGUGAAGAAGAUAAAAGUGACAAGCCUGGUUCUGAUUCAGAGCAGCCAACAUCAAUUCAUGGCCUUAAGAAGAAAGGAUCUAAUUCAGAGACGUCACCACUGCCUGCAAAAGCUGACAGUGGGAGAGAAAGCCCUGAUGGUAAAGAAGAAAAUAGGUUUGAAGAUUUUCAGACAUCAGCUGAAAAACUAACGCUUUGUCCUGCAGAUAGUACCGGAAAAAUCCCUUCUCAGAGUCACAGUCCUGUGGAAGACCAAUCCCAAUUCCCAACUUCGUGUGAUAGUGUUUAUGGAUAUCCAUUAACUGAGAAGGAAAUACAGAGUCCUGAUGAAGUAUCUUCCAGUGAAAAAAAACAUGAAUCUGACGCAUCAGAAUCCUCCCCUUUGCAGGUUACACCUAGUUCUCAAAAAAGUAGAAAGUCUCCAUCAGACACUGAAAGAGUAGAAGAAAGUUGCUGUCAAAAAGUAAGUCCUGAAAAUAAGGAACCGGACAGUACAUUGUCAUCUGAUCCAACAGGUGACAAGGGUCUACAAACUGUAGAAAGCUCUGAAGUGGAAGAUUCAAAUAUCCAAAGUCCACAUAUCACCAGUCAAAGACAACAGAGUCCCGUUUUAGAAAGCAUUGAUGGAAAGGAACCAAAGUGUCCUCAGAAAAAGCGACAACGAUCAUCUUCCCCUGAGAGGAGGGAUGGUUUUGGAUCUGGAUCUGAAAGUCCUGAUGCACCUCCUCACAAGAUAAAAUCCAAGUCGUGCAGUCCAGUUUCUAGUUUGAGACAGUUAGCAGGACGUUCUCGGUCAUCUUCACCCAAAGCACAGGACGAAGAGAGCAGAAAAUCAAGGGACCAAUCAGGCAUAGAAAUGACUGAAAGUGUUCUUCGGGAUGAGAGUGAAACUGUCCCUGCCAGUGAAGUCCAUGAUAAUUUGGAGAAUCCUGAGAGGAUUGGAGAUGGGGAGAUUUCAAGUAGCUCAGACAGUGAGGAAAGUGCAGCCAGCAGUGGUGCAGCUGUCCAAAAAAUGAAAAGCAGCGUGGUACAGAUACAGCUCAAUUCAAAUCAGGAGCGGGUAGACAGCCACAGUCCACGUCAAAGAAGCUCUUCCCCUGAGCACAGACGUAAAGGUCGUGAAAGAUCAGGAUCAAGAUCCCCAAGAAAUACCAACAGGAAUACCUAUGACAGAAGACCAUCCAGCAAUGGCAGACAUAAUGAUAGAAAUUUACAAUCUAGAGGUAGAGACAAAGAGAGCCACAUGAACAUAGAUCGUGAAUCAGACCACAAGAAGAGAGCAAAAUCGCCAUCACCGAUAACAAGAAAUAAAGAUGAUUUCAAUCAGAGCUCCUCUGAACCACCAUUGAAAAAGAAAAAGGCAGAAUUGGAUCCUAUUUUAACACUGACAGGUGGAGCGUACAUUCCUCCUGCACGAUUGAGAAUGAUGCAAGAACAAAUUGCAGACAAAAGCAGUUUGGCAUACCAGCGAAUGAGUUGGGAAGCUCUAAAGAAGUCAAUUAAUGGUCUCAUCAAUAAAGUGAACGUCUCCAACAUAGCGAAUAUAAUUCAUGAGCUUCUUCAAGAAAAUAUUGUUCGGGGAAGGGGAUUGAUUUCUAGAUAUAUUAUCCAGGCACAGACUGCCUCUCCUAUAUUCACACAUGUUUAUGCUGCUGUUGUGGCAAUCAUAAAUUCAAAGUUUCCUCAAAUUGGGGAGCUGAUUCUCAAGAGAUUGAUUUUAAAUUUCCGCAAAGGUUAUCGCAGAAAUGACAAGCAACUGUGCCUUUCAGCCUGCAAAUUUGUAGGUCAUCUUGUUAAUCAGAAUGUUGCCCAUGAAGUGUUAUGUUUGGAAAUGCUCACGUUAUUGCUUGAGCGGCCCACGGAUGACAGCGUUGAAGUAUCAAUUGCUUUUCUGAAAGAAUGUGGAAUGAAGCUGACAGAGGUUUCUCCCAGAGGAGUAAACGCAAUAUUUGAACGUCUUCGUAAUAUUCUUCAUGAAUCUCAGAUUGACAAGCGAGUCCAAUACAUGAUAGAGGUGAUGUUUGCAAUUCGUAAAGAUGGUUUUAAGGAUCACCCCAUCAUACCCGAAGGCCUUGAUCUGGUUGAGGAAAAUGAUCAGUUCACUCAUAUGCUGCCUUUGGAAGAUGAAUAUAAUCCUGAAGAUGUAUUAAAUGUCUUCAAGAUGGAUUCUGAGUUCCUUGAUAAUGAACAAAAGUAUAAGGAUCUAAAAAGAGAAAUCCUUGAUGAAGGUAGCAGUGAUUCUGGCUCUGGUGGUGAAGAGGGUGCUGAUGAUGAUGCAGAAAGUGAUGAUGAAGAUGAGGAUGAGGCUGAGACUGAAGAUGGUGUAAAGAAAAUAACUAUACAUGACAAGACUGAAGUAAAUCUAGUAUCAUUUCGUCGUACCAUUUAUCUUGCUAUCCAGUCCAGUUUGGACUUUGAAGAAUGUGCUCAUAAAUUAUUGAAGAUGGAAUUUCCUGAAAGUCAAACCAAAGAACUAUGCAACAUGAUUCUAGAUUGCUGUGCACAACAAAGAACAUAUGAGAAAUUUUUUGGUCUCUUAGCGGGGCGUUUUUGCAUGUUGAAGAAGGAUUAUAUGGAAGCUUUUGAAGGUAUCUACAAAGAGCAGUAUGAAACUAUACAUCGUUUAGAAACAAACAAACUACGCAAUGUGGCCAAAAUGUUUGCACACCUCCUUUAUACGGAUUCAGUUCCAUGGAGUGUACUUGAAUGCAUCCAUUUAAGCGAAGAUACAACAACAUCUUCCAGCAGAAUCUUUGUAAAGAUCCUUUUUCAAGAGCUUUGUGAAUAUAUGGGACUCCCCAAACUAAAUCAAAGGCUGCAGGACAUGACCCUGCAGCCUUUCUUUGAAGGUCUCUUUCCCAGGGAUAACCCACGCAAUACUCGAUUUGCUAUCAAUUUCUUUACUUCUAUUGGUCUUGGAGGACUAACAGAUGAAUUACGAGAACAUUUGAAAAAUGCACCGAAAAUAAUAAUGACGCAGCGGCAAGAUGUUGAAUCAUCAGAUUCUUCUUCUUCUUCCUCGUCCUCUUCUGACUCCGACUCUGAUUCUUCCUCUGAUUCGGAAUCUGGAAGUAGCAGCAGCAGCAGUGAUAGUGAUAGCAGUUCAGGAUCAUCUAGUAGCAGCUCAUCCUCCAGCAGCAGCAGUGACUCGGAUGAUUCAAAGAACAAGAAAGUCCAGAACAAAAAGGAACAAGGUGAAGACAAAAUGGCAAACAGAAAAAGACCAAAUGAGAGAGAAGGAUCUAGAAAAGAGCAGGGAAGCAGACAUCGAAGUGGCAGUGAGGAGCAGGAAAGAAGUGGUGGCAGAACUCGCCGGCAUUCUGGAGAGAGAAGAGAGGACUCUGCCAGAUAUGAUAGAGAGGAGAGGAGUGAACGAGAUCGUAAACACAGUGAUAAGGAUAAGGAAUAUGAGCGGAACAGGGACCUUGCAGAUAAACGUGCUGAAUACAGGAAAAAUGAUGCAAGAAACCAUUCUCGUUCUGAAAAUGAUAGGAACAGCUCCAGGAACAAGGAUAGAGGUGAUCAUCACAGUCAUAGAGAAGAAGUGUCAAAAUCUAGAGAGAAGUGUCGUGAAGAAAUCCAGACCUCAAGAAGUAGUGAAGAAGACCGCCCAAAAAAUGGCGUCGAUAAGCGACCUGGAAAGAAUGAUCGCCAGGAGAGUAGAUAUUCAGAACGUUCUAAGGACUGUAGAAAAGAAGAUGACAGGUGCAGGGAAAAUUCUCCAAGAAGACACUGACGAGCAUUUACAAUGCUGCUACUUAAAAAAAACUGCAUUGCCAAACUCUGAAGGCAGUAUAAAUCCUAUAAUGAAAGGAAAAGGAAGCACGUCUUGAAUGCAACUGCUGAUCUGUACGUUGUUUCCACUGGAAUCUUACAAACUGCUAUUUCCAGUUGUCAUCUUUUGUAAUUAAUGAAAUCUGCAUUAAAAAAAAAAAAAGUCUGAGUAAAUACCUUCAACCAAUUCUUCCUUUUGGACAAACCUGAAAGGUGUGCAGAAUUAUUUUGUGGACAGUGAUACAUUUGAUAAUGCAUUUAUAGAGGAUUUGACAUUCUCUUGUUUCAUGUAAAUGUUUUGUUUGUCAACUCAAAUAAAAAUCGUGCAGAUA